UUUAUUUUAUUUUAUUUUUUGCCAAUUUAUUUUACUUUGUAUGAUUUAAACUCUGACAAAAGAGGAAAGAAGUUAUUCUACUCCUCCUCAAACAGAAAAUGCGCGUCCUGCGGCCUCGCUCAGCCGAAGGACCCCGAGUCGGGCCGGCUGAACCUGGACUUCCUAGAGGCGGUCAAGAGGCACAUCUUGAGCAGGUUGCAGAUGCGGGAGAGGCCCAACAUCACGCACCCGCUCCCGAAGGCGGCCAUGGUUACGGCGUUGCGGAAGCUCCACGCAGGGAAGCUACGGGAAGACGGGAGGGUGGAGAUCCCCAACUUUGACGGACACCCGAUGAGCAACGAGGUGCUGGAGGAGAGCUCGGAGAUCAUCAGCUUUGCAGAGAAAGAUGACAUGGUGACAUCCAAGUCCAGUCUGUUCUUCCUGAUCUCCAGCGAGGGGAACCAGAACCUGCACGUGACGCAGGCCACCCUCUGGCUCUACUUCAAGCUGCUGCCGUCUCCUGUGGAGGUGCGUCCGAGGCGGAAGGUGACAGUGAAGGUGUACUACCAGGAGCCUGGCUUUGGAAGCAAGUGGAACCUGGUGGAGAAGCGGGUGGACCUGAAGCGCAGCGGCUGGCACACCUUCAUGCUGACUGAUGCCGUCCGGCUGGUGUUUGAGAAGGGGGACCGGCGGCAGAACCUGGAUGUGCGCUGUGAAGGCUGCGAGGCCAAUGGUGUCACGCCCGUGCUGCUCAACCGCAACGAUGAGUCCCACCGGCCCUUCCUGGUGGUGCAGGCGCGGCAGGUGGACAACACACACCGAAUCCGCAAGAGGGGGCUGGAGUGCGACGGCAGCAGCAAACUGUGCUGCCGCCAGCAGUUUAGCUGGAAUGACUGGAUCAUCGCACCGUCUGGCUACUUUGGGAACUACUGCGAGGGGAACUGUCCGGCCUACAUGGUGGGCGUCCCCAGUUCAGCCUCAUCUUUCCACACAGCGGUAGUAAACCAGUACCGCAUGCGGGGGAUGAGCCCAGGCUCCAUGAACUCCUGCUGCAUCCCCACCAAGCUGAGCACCAUGUCCAUGCUCUACUUUGACGAUGAGUACAACAUCGUCAAGCGGGACGUUCCCAACAUGAUCGUGGAGGAGUGCGGCUGUGCUUGAGUACGUGGUACUCCUGUUUAUUUAAGGAGGAACUGAAGAACUGACCUGUAAACAGAUUCACAAUAUUACAACAAAAACUGAAUAUAGAAACACAAUAUUUAUGGACAAUGGAGAAAACAUGCGCGUACACAACCUCAUCCACACAUAUCUACACACCCUCAUGUAUGCCUGCACAAAAACCUGUAUAUAUAUUUAUGUUUGUUGAUAUAUUUCGUUAUAUUCUCUGGUGGAAGACUAGAAACAAGUCAGUCUCCUUCAAAUGGGUGUGAAGAGUUCUCUUCCAAAUCUUUAAAUAUCCACUUUAGGAAACAAUCCAAAUCUGAAGUUCUUCAUUAAAUCCCUGUAUAGAUAGUGAGGACCUGGGUUGUUGAAGUGUUUAAGACAUAGUUUAACUGCUAUCCUUUACAAAACAACAUGAUUUGAUAUAACGUUCUGCUAUUGGUCAUAUUGUUAUAGUUUAAAGUGGGUAUCUUGUUUUGGACUCAAACUCUUCAUUUGUAGAAAAUACACCCGACCUCGGCCGUGAAACCAGCCUCUCCGGAGGAGGGAUAGGGAGCCUUACAUGAGUCACAAGGAAGGCCAGUGUGCCUCUUUCAAGAACAGCGUGUGCACCACUUGGGACAAGCACUGAACACGUCUUCACACGAGUCAAGCUUCACCAACGUACAGCACUUCUGGCCAGGAGUCACACUUAGAGAAUCUUUGUUCCACCAUAUAAUCAAGCUAACUGGAACAUAUGGACACAUUUCAGAAAUGAAAACAAAAUCAGUUGAAACUUUUCAACAAGGCUGUUGUCUCAUGGACACUGUUACCAAACUGUUAUAUAAUCCUCUGAACUGACAACUAGAAGGUCGACUUUAAAGAAAUCACAGCUCUUUGUAUCAUUAAAGUUAAAAUAAAUUCUUUAGUUUUCCAAAGGCUCGUGGGUUGAACAAAUAGUCUUUCAUAUUGUGUGACCAGCACAUGAAUGAAUACCAGGAACAACCUCACAUUUAUCCAGCUCUGUUUGGAAACUGCAAGAAAACCUUCCAGCUUCCUUCAGUUUCUUCUUGCAGACAAAGGGUUGAUUCCUUCCAGCUGUCAAAAUCAAAACGUGUCAAUGAUUCUGUGACUUCAGUCAGUGAAAUUGAAAAGCUGACAUAUUGCUCAGCUUAGUGAGGGUGCCGCUUCCCGACGCACACUUUGAUAGCACUUGCAGACUGGAAGGCCUUUAACGAGCCCUACGUGGCGCACCACUGCCCACAGUCCUCUGAAAAGAAUUAAGUGCCGCAUCAGCUAUGCAAUGUACAGCAUUUACCCAUAUACCAGACAAGCUGAACUUACGCUCUAGUGACAAACUAUCACCAAUACUUGAAAUGUAUGUGUGGCAAGCAGGGACAUGUUGGGCUUCUGCUGGGAGGCACGAGGAGGCAACACAAUGUGUCUGUAAAUGACUGAAAAUGUGUUUUGGCUAUUAAGUUGUGAAGCAUUGUACUGAGAAAAAAAGACUUAUAUGACUUAGUCCGGCUCUGUUCAGAAUUAUAUGUCCAGGUUUUACAGACCCAACUGUUCACUUAACUUGUGAUGGUAUUUCUCAAAUCUAAAACUGUUAUUUUAUUCCAGAUGAUGCUCUUGUAGUGGACAGAGUCUGUAGGGAGGAUGGUGGGGCUCUGACAGGGUUUGCAUCCUGCUGCUGGUUAGGCUGUUUUCUACACACCAGAUUAGGGUAAACUGAAGAAGUCAAGCAUAAUAAUGACAAUCACUGCAGCUGCCAUGAACUAAUGAAAUGCAUUUUAGUGAGUGUUUUGCAGAUGCAUUCACUUUGAAAUUGAACAAAUUACUUCAUUAUGUUGAUUGAGGUUGGGUUUCAGUCAAAAUCUAUUUCUGUGUUGAAUACACAAAGAUGGCAGCUGGACGUGACAUCUUUUUGUCCAGCUUGUAUGGUGCAGAAAAAAAACAUCAUCAUUAUAGAACAAUGGUUCCAAAACUGAAAAACAUAUUCUUGCUUUUUAAAAACCCUUUUCAGGCUGCAAAAAACAUGUAAAACAGUCCCAGAAGGACCAAUCAAAUACUUGUUGAACUGGUGAAAAUCUGUAUUCAUCAAAUAUUCAUUUUAUGACAAGACACUGCAUUCAGAUGUGCUGACAAAGGUUGGGAACCAGUGUCACUGAUGAUGAAACCUUCAUUUGUCUUUGUGGUGCAAGACAAGCAAGGUGAUUUCAGCUGCUGUUUCUGGUUGGACCAGACUAGCAUGCUACGAAACUGGUUAGAAAUUUAGGCAUACAAAGCAAAAAUGUCAAGAGGUAGGAGCACAAUGACAGUAUUGCAGCACAGACUUGAAUCCAUACAGCUGUUAUCUGCAAUGUUGUCAAAGUGCUCCUGCCUCUUGGCAAGCAUUUGCUUCAUUAUGCAGAGAGAACAAAAUAUUUUUACUGACCAAACAAAAGACUUUAAUCAAUGUUGUUAAAUAACCUGUUGAUUUUUUAGUUGUACUUUCAUUGUGACAUUAAUUGCAAUGUAAAAAGAGGCUAACUGGGGCUAACUUUGACCCAAAUGUGAGGCAUGAAUAGUGAAUUUUGAGUCUAAAUGAAUGCGUCCCAGUGGAGUUCCCAUCAUGGCCUGUUCGGCACCAUGACACACUUUAAGACACAGUUUCAGGCCUCAGUAACUUUGACACCACUUUGAUAAUUUCAGGUUAAACGUUUCAGCGACCUGUUAAUACACUAGUCUGUUAUACUCCCCUCUCCUACAUAGACUUCACUACUACCAAAUAUGCAUUUAAGAGAGAUGUUGGAGGUUCAGAUGCUACUUAUUAUCGCUCUUUUCCUGCCUCUUGCCCAACCCCGACCUUGCCUGCCGCUGUAAAUCUUUCACUUGUUCUUCAAAGCAAACGGUUGUUAGAAUAUUUGCACUGACGAGUUGUGUGACUAGGAAUAAGAACAAUAAAUAGAAACUGCCACUGUAAAAAGGUUAUUUUUAUAGAAGCAAAACUGAGCUCUGUUCAAAUGUAUUAUACCUAAUCAUGGAACCAAAGAGGCUAAGAGGUUUAACUAUUGAACGAUGGCAAUGCCGUCAUGUUUGUGUUGCUGUAAAUAACAUCAUGACAGUUAAAGAGGCCUAAACACUGUAUCAGGAUAUAAUAUCAGUCCAUAAUCAGCUUAAUCUCUUUUCUAUUGUGUACCUAGACAUGGAGUAUUUCCUAUUUUUUUCAUCAGAAUACAUGAAUAUUCCUAGUUUUCUCUCUCCAUUAGCUCUUGUUCCAGAAUCACCUAGCACACGCCAUCUGAUCCCUGUAUAGUCGAUGUCCAUAUGAAUAUGCCUUUUAAAUAUUUUGGUCUUUGUAAUUGUUGAAAAAUAAAUUUCUUAUUACCAACUGUAUGAACGUCUUGCUUUGUCAUUAGACUUAGGAGCAGCUCCUGGAGUUAGAAAUCAAACCCAAAACUGACAGUUUGGAUCAGUAAACUGAAUGUGGUACUAACACUGGUUCUACUCUAAAUGGAAGAGCUGAAUACUGUAACCAUAUGACAUGUUGUUGCUACAGGAAACUGCACAUGUACAUUUGCACAUCUAAUCUAACA